AUGACGGAAGCUGUGAUUAACAACCUUUCUCCAGCAAUAAAUACAUCUGGGUUCUUUUUGAUUUCAAAAAAUCAAGAGGAUUAUGAUAACUUUCUUAAACAAUAUUCUUUUGUACUUUAUGGCUUUGAGGAAGAUUCUACUUCACCCAAGUGUCUUUUUCAAUCUGAUGAUGAGAAACCAUCAGAAAUUCCAGAUACGGUCACUAAACUUGAUGCGAAAUCACCAUCUGACUCAACGUUCCAGAAUGUCAUCGAAAAUCGAAAGGUAUCACCUGCGUGUAAACCUGCACUAAAUAUGGGAGAGCUACAUUUGAAUUUUACUGCGGAUCAUUAUGAUACGAAGACGAUAAUAUCAAGAAACAUCGAAAAUGGUGACAGCUCAAAUACGACUUGUGGACAUCCUAAACAUGUUAAAUAUUUGGAAUCCGGUUUGAUUAAUGGAGAUUCUGCCUUAAUUAAAAUUCCGAGACGUCUUGCUCAAAUUGUUGAUGUUUAUCAUAAAACGUUAAUUUGUAAACAAUGUUUUAAGCAAACUGAUAAUGAUCCAAAGUAUACUACACAUCCACAAUAUGAAUCUCCAAGGACCAUUCGUAAGCAAAGAGAAUUGAAGAAUCUUAAUAUCACUAUUGUUGGUUAUAAUUAG